AAAACUAAGAGAGCAAAAAGAUUUCUUGAGAAGAGAGAACCCAAACUUAAAGAAAAUACAAAAAAUGCUAUGCUCAUAAAAGGAGGAAAUGCGAACUUAACAGUGACUGAAGUGCUUAAAGACAUUUACGCUGUGAAGAAGCCUUUUGCUGUACUGUAUAAAAAGAAAAAUAUUACCAGGCCUUUUGAGGAUCAGACAUCAUUGGAAUUUUUUUCCAAAAAAUCAGAUUGUUCUUUGUUUCUGUUUGGCUCUCAUAACAAGAAGCGACCUAACAACCUGAUAAUAGGUCGCAUGUUUGACUAUCACAUCCUAGAUAUGAUCGAGCUGGGCGUUGAGAAGUUUGUAUCCCUAAAAGAUGUCAAGAACAGUAAAUGUCCUGAAGGAACAAAACCUAUGUUGAUAUUUGCUGGUGACAUGUUUGAUGUAAAUGAAGAAUACAGAAGACUGAAGAGCCUUCUUAUUGAUUUCUUCAGAGGUCCCAGCGUGCCCAAUAUUCGUCUGGCUGGUCUAGAGUACGUUCUGCAUUUCACAGCUGUAGAUGGGAAAAUUUACAUGCGAAGCUAUAAGGCGCUUCUGAAGAAAUCUGGCUGUAAAAUACCAAGAAUUGAACUGGAAGAGAUGGGACCUUCGUUAGAUCUGGUUAUGAGGAGGACACAUUUAGCUUCGGAUGACCUUUACAAGCUGUCUUUAAAACAACCAAAAGCCCUGAAGCCUAAGAAGAAAAAGAAUAUCUCCCAUGAUGUGUUCGGUACAACUUACGGUCGAAUCCACAUGCAGAAGCAAGAUCUUGGUAAACUGCAGACGCGGAAAAUGAAAGGGCUAAAAAAGAGGCCAGCAGAGAAGUCGGCUGAAGAUGGUGGGGUUAGUCCCAAAAAGUCAAAAUCAGCUUGAUAGUCUGGAACAGCUUUGACAGCUCUUUGUACCUUCAAGUUUAGUAUAUAUAUUGUAAUAUAAAUGUGUCGGACAUAAAAGAUUUAGCUGCUGUUAGCUUUAGUUUUAUAAAAAAAUCUUUUUAAUGGUUUGUCAUUUUAAAGGGAACAUGGAGUAUUGAGCUUUACCAUGGAACUUAGUUAUUUAAAAUAAAAACUGUGAUAUAACUUGCUUAAUUUUCC